AGAUUCAUAAUGAGAAUGAAAAAAUCAAAUCAAUUUAGGAUCGAAUCGAUCGUCAAAGAUUUGGAACUUUCCCUUUUUAAUUGAAAACUCCAUCAUCAUCUUCUUCCGCGUAAUUUCCCUGUAAACUCCAAUCUAAAUACUUUCCUCCUCGCUUGUCCCUUUGUGAUAUAUUUUUGUGCUUCAUCCAUAAGAUCGUUGACUUGACCUAACAAAUUAAAGAAAGAAAAUGGCGAAAGAGGGAACAACGGUGAUCGGAGUUCCGUAUUACGCGGGACAGAAUCCUUACCAGGCUGGGAUUGUGCCGCCGAACGCUAUCUACGGUGAUCCGUUGGGUGCUCCGAUCCAGCAAACGAUUUAUCGAGACACUCCUGCUCCUUUCAAUUGCCUUUAUUGCGGCAAUACUGGUCUCACCAAUCUCAGAUCAAAACCUGGUGUUGCUGCUGUGGUUGCUUGUAUGAUGCCGUUUAUGCUUGGAUUCUGUUUUCUCUGCCCUUCAAUGGAUUGUCUCUGGAGUAAACAGCACCAUUGCCCUCAGUGUGGGAACAAGGUUGCUGACUUUGAGAAAUCAGAUCCUUGCCUUGUUAUGGAUCCGCCUAUGUGGAAGCAACCGAGCUUCGCACUCCCUGCGUGAUAAGAUGUCUUCUUUUAUUAUUCUGAUUAAUAUUUUGCUUGUGAAGUUGAGUGGGUUCUAUUGCAUGUACUGAAAAAUUAAACUAAGAUCAAGAACAACCCUAUAGAAUGUGUGAGAAAUGGAAUGGUAUAUUCUUCUCUAUCGUUUCACUGGUUUAUGAACUGAACCGGCUAUUGUCUUCA